AUGGAACAGAGUUCAGCCUCAGGGAUACCAAAGAAUCCUGACAAGUUUAUUAAUGUCGUUUUGAAUCAUGGUGAGCAUUCUGCGGUUUUUCGUGUUAAUACUAAAAUAAUCGUAGAAGAAUUGAAGCAUUUAGCAUGCAAGCAGUGGAGGUCUUUGUCCCCUGGGAGUAUAUGUUUCAGUUAUAUGGACAAUGCUCAAGUAGUUUUUGUGAAAGGUGAUAUACAACUACAAAGCUUAAUUGGUUUCAUGAUUCUUAUUGAUAAUGAAGAUGUGUAUUUGCGUGUGGGUAUGAUUCCGAAUCAUACUUCUCGUUCUAAGUCUGGUUGUAUCAGAAGUUCUGGUUCUAAGUCUGGUUGCAUCAGUAGUUCUGGUUCUUGUUCUAAGUCUGCUUGUGAAACUGAAAGUCCUAAGAUGGUAAGGGUGUUAGAUCAUGAUGCAGACAAGGGGAAGCCUCUUAUUAUCGAUGAAUGGAAUUAUGUAUUUUACAAGAUUGGUAGAGAAUUCAUGGGUGGUGUUAAAGCUGUUAGGAUUGCUCUCGAUAAGUACAAGAUGGCUACUGGUCACAAGAUUGUUAUUCUUAAAAAUGACACAACUCGUUUUACUGCAAAAUGCGAAGAAGAUGGUUGUGCGUGGAGGAUUCACUUUGGGCCUGUGAAUGGUGAUACUUCUCGGUUCGUGCUGAAAGAUUCUAACGCUCACAGGUGUACAUUGGGGUGCACUGUACUUGUUGUACUCUUAAAAUACAUGUUCUUGCUUGCUUUGUGUGGUGAUCCUAGCUUAAAACCCAGACAAAUCAUUUCACUUUUCAAGAAAACUUAUGGGUCCAAUAUUAAGUAUCACCAUGCCCGUAGAGGGAAAGAAGCUGUAUUUGAAGAACAGUAUGGCGAUGAUGAGAAGUCGUAUAGUGAUUUUACUUGGUAUGUCAAAGCAAUUGAAGAAACUAAUCCCGAUAGCUAUGUGAGGUUUGAAGUUGAGGAUGGAACCAAUAGAUUUCAGAGGAUAUUCGUUUGUUACGGUGCUUGCAAGCAUAGCUAUAGGUAUCUCAGGCCCAUGAUUUACUUGGACGCUACUUUCCUUACUGGUAGAUACAGGGGUACUCUGAUGGCCGCAACAUGUAUCAACGGAAACAAUGAGUUUUACCCAUUUGCUUUUGCUAUUGUUUCUUCUGAAAACAAAGAUAAUUGGUUUUGGUUUCUGGAGAAUCUUCAAAAACUUGUCGAUGGUCGUGAUGCGAAUUCGAAGCCCGUUCUUGAUUUGUUUUACAAAGAUGCGUACUCUUACACACCAGCAAACUUUGAAAAAGCUUUGCGGGGCAUGCAUGCAAUUGGAUGUGGGAAUGUUGCUAACUACAUCAGGAUUAUUCCAAAGGAGAAAUGGGCAAAUGCAUUUUUCCCUGUAUGCAGAUAUGGUGCUCACUCUUCAACUCUUGCUGAGUCCUUCAACAACUGGGUUCUUCCUUUCAAAAAGUUGCCUGCUUUUGUUCUUCUCGAUGCGAUACGUUUGAAGGUUAUGGAGAAGACGUCUGAGAGAAGGAUACUAGGUCUAGAAACUUUCAACACUAGGCUCACUCCUGAAUAUGAGGGUUUAAUAAAGGAAAACAUUGACAUUGGUCGUACUUGGACUAUUGUUCAGUCUAUGGAAAGAUUGUAUGAAUUCAGGUCUCCCCGGACUCAUUCUGUAGAUCUAUUGCAGAAAACUUGUACAUGUCACAGGUCGCGAGUUAAUGGUUUUCCUUGUGCCCAUGCUUGUGCUUCCAUUCAAGCUACGAGAGAAGACAUCUAUUCAUUUGUUGAGCCAUACUUCACCACCGAAUGGUACAACAGGACAUACCAGCACAUCAUCUUGCCAAUCCCCAAUUACGACAAGCCGAAGUCUUAUGAUCCUAGUGAUAGGGUUAUUGUUCCUAUUCAUGUUCCUCCACGGGGUAGACGAAGAACACAUCGCAUCAAGAAUGCAUAUGAGAAGCAAAAGAGGGCAAUGAUGUGCACAAAGUGCUUCACUCUUGGUCACCACAACAGAACUACCUGCCCCAUGAUUUGA